AUGUUUAGAGCACUCGCUACCGCCAGUGUCAGACUGUUGUCGUACCAUGCCAGAACGUCGUUGAACCCCGUCAACUACACCCUUGUACGCCCUCCCAGCUUCCAGUCGGUGUUGGUAUUGUCCACACCAUCCAACCUUCCUAAAGUCAUCGACGAGGCCGUCCGUCUCCACCAGAGCUCGGAUGUCCAGAUCGUAGUAGCGGGGGUCGACAGCUUGGUGCCGAACUCCCAUCGUAACGGAGUAGCCGAGUUGUGGAUGAAGGAACAGGUGACUAUCGCCAACUCGGUCCAGGUGGACGAACGAGACGACCUCAAGGACGCCCCAAAAGACAGUGACGGCGUCAACAUCGUGGUGGCACGUAAGAACUGGAAGAACAUCGCGUCCCGGCUCCGAUUGGUGCUUGAGGGUGCCACCACUACCACCAUCGACCUCAACCUCGCCAACACCGUGUUUGCCACCGGAAACUUGGUGACCAUGUUCUACCUCCAGCCACCCGCCGGCUCGGGAGAGCAAGCAAACUCCGGCCACACGUUGUGUGAGUUGACGGUGCGGGUGCCGGUGGCGGCUAGCGCCAUCAAUACCUCCGACAGGCUUACGCCUCUCUACGGCCCCCACGACCACUUCCUCGUCUCCGACAGCGUGGGCAACCUCGUCAAGAAGGUCAACGGCCAGCCAGCGUCGCAGUUCCUUGAAAACAACCGCAAGUUGAUGGACAUCGCCUCCAAGGACACCGAGGUCUACGUUAAGCUCUACCGUGCCAACGACCCCCAAAAGGCCUACAAGCACCAGGUGAUCGCUGGGGGAGGCGGCUGGGGUGCCAAGGCUGCCAUCAUCGCGUUGUCACCCGACGCCAAAGUGGCCAACGGCGACCGUAUCGAGUUCUACAUGCUCACGCCCCAGGCACGCUGGGACGCCAGUGCAGGAGCAGUUGAAGUGGACGAGGUGCGUGGCAAGCUAGCGUUUGAAGCCAGCUUCGAGCAGCAGCACUACGAGGACUCCCACCAUGGAGCUCCCGCCGUGCUAGAGGGAGUGUUUGGUUGUGGCAGUGAGGACGGGUUCACAAUCGAUGGCGUGGGCUACAACUCUGCGGGGGAGAGGGCGGUGGUGACCACAGGCUAA